ACCUGGUGAUGCCUUGGGCAUCUAGUUUGAACAUCUUUACCAGGGGCAGACGUGAUCAACUUUGAUGGACAAGGCGUCAUUUCAUAUCGUUUCAAGGUGAAGAAGAUGAAAAUCAUCAAAGAUGUAAUAGCAUUGAGGUUUAAGACGUCAGAGAGCGAUGGUGUGAUUCUUCAUGGGGAGGGCCAACAGGGAGACUACAUAACACUGGAGCUUCAUAAGGCCAAACUACUCCUGCAGAUAAACUUGGGCAGUAAUCAGUACGGCUCUAUCCUGGGUCAUACUUCUGUGACCACCGGCAGCCUCUUAGACGACAAUCACUGGCACUCAGUGGUGCUUGAACGCUACCGUCGUAAUGUCAACUUCACCUUGGACGGACACACUCAGCACUUUAGAACCAACGGAGAGUUUGACCACCUGGACUUGGACUAUGAGUUGAGUUUCGGUGGGAUGCCGUACAGCGGGAAGCCGCUGGGAGGAGGCAGGAAGAACUUUAAAGGCUGCAUGGAGAGCAUCAACUACAACGGAGACAACAUCACAGACCUGGCCCGGAGAAAGAAGCUCGACACCUCCAGCUUCCGUAACCUGUCCUUCUCCUGCGUGGAAACCCACUCCUUCCCAGUCUUUUUCAACGCCACCAGCUUCCUCCAGCUGCCGGGCCGAGCCAAUCACAACACGAUAUCUGUCAGUUUCCAGUUUCGUACGUGGAACCCUGAUGGACUCCUUCUCUUCAGUAAUCUUUACGACGGCACUCUGGAGAUCUCCCUGGAGGAGAGCAAGGUGGUGGUUCAUGUCAACGUGACAAAGGGGACCAGCAACAACCGAGUCGACUUAUCAUCAGGAUCAAACCUAAAUGACGGGCAGUGGCACUCGUUACGUUUGGUGGCUAAGGAGAACUUUGCCAUGUUGACGAUAGACGGCGAGGAGGCGUCUGCUGUGCGCUCCACGUCACCGCUUAGCAUCACCACGGGAGGAACCUAUCACAUGGGAGGUUAUUUCCUCCAGACCCUGCUCUCCCCGUUCCACCGCUCUUUCCAGGGCUGCAUGCAAGCAAUCCUGGUGGACGACCAACUGGCUGAUUUGCACGCAGUAGAGAAAGGCACCAUGGGAGCUUUUGAGAACGUUAGCCUGGACAUGUGUGCAAUCAUAGACCGAUGCAUGCCUAAUCACUGUGAACAUGGUGGCCGUUGUAAACAGACAUGGGACAGUUUCAGCUGUACCUGUGAUGGGACAGGAUACACAGGAGCCACCUGUCACUCAUCUAUCUAUGAGCCAUCCUGUGAGGCCUAUAAGCACAUGGGGAGGUCCUCUGACACCUACUGGAUCGACCCUGAUGGCAGCGGACCCCUUGGCCCUUUUAAAGUCAACUGCAACAUGACAGAGGAUAAAGUGUGGACAACAGUGAUGAACAACCUGCCUCCAAAAACCACAGUGACUGGCUCCAGUAGAGAGAGACGGACGGUUCUACAGGUGAACUACAGCGCCUCCAUGGACCAGAUGACAGCCAUCACUGACAGUGCAGAAAGCUGCGAGCAACAAAUCGCCUACAGCUGUCGCAUGUCCAGACUGCUCAACACUCCAGAUGGGACUCCCUACACAUGGUGGGUGGGUCGUGGCAGUGAGAAGCACUUCUACUGGGGGGGUUCAUCACCAGGCAUCCAGAAAUGUGCCUGUGGUAUGGACAGGAACUGCACCGACCCAAAGUACGACUGCAACUGUGACGCUGAUCACAAACAAUGGAGAGAAGAUUCUGGUCUCCUGAUUAAUAAAGAACACCUGCCUGUCAGCCAGGUUGCCGUGGGCGACACUAACAGACCAGGCUCUGAGGCCAAGCUGACCGUUGGAGCACUCCGCUGCCAAGGAGACAAUAACUACUGGAACGCCGCCUCAUUCACCACCCCGUCAUCCUACCUGCACUUUGCCACCUUCCAGGGCGAGACCAGCGCUGACAUCUCCUUCUAUUUUAAGACCAGCGCACCGUACGGUGUCUUUCUGGAGAAUCUGGGCAACACUGACUUCAUCCGUUUGGAGCUCAAAUCCUCAAAUGUUGUCUCCUUUUCCUUCGAUGUCGGAAACGGACCUGUAGAGCUGACUGUCCACUCUGCCACACCCAUUAAUGACGACCAAUGGCAUCGCGUGAUGGCGGAGAGGAACGUCAAAGAGGCGGUCCUUCAGGUUGAUCAGACGUACCGGGCGUCUCAUCUCGCACCUGCACAGGGACACACAAGACUAGAGCUGUUCAGCCAGCUCUAUGUGGGUGCUGCAGGAGGCCAGAGGGGCUUCCUGGGAUGUAUCCGAGCCCUUCGGAUGAACGGCAUCACCCUGGAUCUGGAGGAAAGGGCCCAGGUGACCCCUGGUGUAAAGCCUGGCUGCCAAGGUCACUGCACCAGCUUUGGGAUGUACUGCAAAAAUGGAGGGAAGUGUGUGGAGAAAUACAAUGGCUACUUGUGUGACUGUACUGACACGGCGUAUGACGGGCCGUUCUGCACCAGAGACAUCGGAGGUUUCUUUGAGGCAGAAACGUUGGUAAAGUACAGCUUCAUGCCUGAAGAAGGAGCCAGCAGGGACUCGAAGGUGGAGGCCCACCAACAAACGCCACAGGAAGUGAAUCUAACAAAGGAGGAAGUGGUCUUCAGUUUCAGCACAUCCUACGCUCCAGCUAUUCUGAUGUACAUCAGCUCCAAGACACAGGACUACCUGGCUGUGGUUUUAAGGCAAAAUGGUUCACUGCAGGUACGGUACAACCUCGGAGGUCUGAGGGAUCCGUUUUCUAUAGAUGUGGAUCAGCGCAACCUGGCAAAUGGACAGCCACACAGCAUCAACAUGUCCCGUGUUAACAGAAGCAUCACCAUCCAGUUGGAUCAUUACCCUCCUGUCAGCUACCAACUCCCAGACGCCUCAGACACACAGUUCAACCUGGUCAAGACUCUGUUCCUGGGCAAAGUCUUUGAAACUGGACACAUAGACCCGAUCCUCAUCGAACAAUACAACACCCCAGGCUUCAUCGGGUGUCUGUCCAGGGUGCAGUUUAAUGGAGUUGCUCCCCUCAAGUCUGCACUGAGAACUGCAGCAAAGCCCACAGGUGGUCAGCCAGGCAGACCACCUGCAGCCUCCCAAGUAUCUUUUCAGGGGAAACUGGUGGAGUCUAACUGUGGGGCAUCACCGCUCACCAUCCCACCCAUGUCUGCUGCAACAGAUCCCUGGCAUCUGGAUAACACAGAUGCUGAAUUCCCUUUCAAUGAGGAGAGAGUGAUUCCUGCUGGAGUCAACAGAGACUCAGCCAUUAUUGGAGGCAUCAUCGCUGUGGUCAUUUUCAUCAUCUUAUGUACGCUGGUGUUCCUCAUACGCUACAUGUUCCGUCACAAAGGAACCUACCACACCCAUGAGUCCAAGGACAGCAGGGAGUCUGCAGGAGAGUCAGCAGACACAGCCAUCAUUGGCACCGACAACCCAGAGAACAUCGACGACUCAAAGAAGGAGUGGUUCAUCUAGCAGUUAAGAAAGGACUUUAUGUGAGAUGACCUGUUGGAUUAAUUGAGUAUUUGUCAAAGUGUGAAGCAUGUCCCCCCUUCAGUUGGUGCAGAGACCUGACAGGGGGUGCAUGUGGUUGGGGAGAGCAUGAACUUUGGAACUAAUAUCGCGAGGUAGUAAUCUUUCCACAGAGGAAUAAUAAACUGGUUGCAUACUUGCAAUGGUGUUCAUUCAAACACAGGACACUGUGUGAGGAAUAAUUGUUUUGCAAGUUCAUCCUGGACAGUUUUUUUCUGCAAACAGCUGUAUUUAUUAAGCCUCUAAUCUGAUUGAGAGUGGACUGAAGUGAGGAGACUGUGUGGAAGUUUUCACAGAUGAUGCACAGACCACUGCAGGGAAAGGGACAGGACCACAGGUACUGAUCAAGAGAGUCUCACCAAAUGUGCAUUGGACACGAUGGGCUUUACACAGAAAGAUACUUGCUUCACAGCAGAUAAGCCCUGAAGUGGACGAGACAUUGAAUAAUGGAUUCUGUAAGCGUGGCAAGUUUCACCAAGUAUCUGAAAGCCCAGCUGCUCUCUAUGCUUUACGAGGAUCUGAACAUACUGCUGUGUUGUUUCACAGCAAAGCAAGAUGGAUCUCACGAGUUAAAGUGUUGUCAUGAGUCUUUGAGCUCAUUGCAGCUACUAAUGCAAUGAUAAGCCUUUUUCAUCUUGUUGCCAAAUAUCUGCAUUUUCUUUUUUGUAGAGAAAGAACUUUAUUUUUGGCAAAGUGAUUGUAAAUUUUAUUCAAGUUUUGUGUAUUUUGGGGGAUAAAGAACACAGACUGAUAAAGUGAUCAAAGUGGUUUGAUGAUAUUUAACAGAUUUUUUUCUUUUCUUGUAAUAUGAUUACA